AAAAGUCACUUCCAUCUCCGUAUCCAGUAUUUAUGUUUAAUUAACUCCAUUUUAAGCUGGUGCUUUAAUAAAUCAGUCUAUCAGAGGAAUAUGUUCUUAAAAAGAAAAAAGGUUUGAUGGGUUUCAGCUACUACUCACAGAGCAUUGAUGGUUGGGCAUGAGGUGUCACAUUAUCUGACUGGGCAAAAAUAUUUCUCAUCACUUGCUAGACCCAUAAAUACCGCACACCACAUUGAGUUUUCAAUGCACCAACCAUCAAAAAGAGAUGGGCUCGUCUCCAUUACUCUCUUUCCUUGUUCUCACUUCUCUGGUGUUCUUGUUCGUCACCCCUUCUUCAGAGUACGAUGUUGCUCAGGAACCAGCACCUCCUGUUGCGUCCAGGAAAAUCUCUCGCAAUUCUGAGAAAGUUACAAUGUCUUUAUAUUAUGAAUCUCUUUGUCCAUAUUGCAGCAGUUUCAUUGUAGGUCCCCUAGCUCAGGUCCUGGAGACUGAUCUCAUGACCAUUCUCAAUCUCAGACUGGUUCCAUGGGGAAAUGCUAUUCUAGACUCCAACAAUACCAUUGAGUGUCAGCAUGGGGAAGAUGAAUGCUAUCUGAACAUCAUACAUGCUUGUGCCAUCAACCUCUGGCCUGAUUUGAAGAAGCACUUUGAUUUCAUCAAGUGUAUCGAAAAGCAAUAUAAAGCUCCUGAUAGAAAUGGAGCAGAAGAAUCCUGGGAAGUAUGUUCUCGUAAAUUGAGACUGCCUACACAAUCCAUCAAGAAAUGCUAUGAUAGUGGACAAGGAAAAGAGCUUGUCCUGCAAAAUGGCAAAGAAACAGAUCAUCUCAGACCGCCUCACAAAUACGUGCCAUGGGUGGUAGUAGAUGAUACACCUCUCCUUGAUGACUAUGAAAGUUUCAUUCACUAUGUUUGCAUGGCAUACAAAGGCAAGUCUUUGCCCAAGACUUGCAGUUCACAUCCCAACACCUCAAUUAACAAGGACACCUCACUCCAAUCAGUCUGUCAUGCAAGUGAAGAGAGGUCAGGUGACAGUUCAGGGAAGCACCAGAUGAAGAUGGAACCCCUUGCAUGACUAUUAUAAAUGCAACCUUUUAUUAUAGAAUAUAAUAAGGGGAGUAUGUACCUAUGGCUUUCAAUUUUCCAGGCAUGGUUCUUGCACAAGGAACUCCCCAGGUGGAUUCCUGUAGUUCAUAAACCAUAGGGUGAUGUAAUUAGUGGUUCUGCAAGCAUGUAAACGAAAGGGAAAAUGCGUUUAAUAAAGUUCCACUCCA